GCGCAACAUUCGGUUGUUUUCCGUUGCGCGGUUCGCAUCGCAGAAGCGCAACCCUGCUCGCGGUUUCGGUUGUUUUGUUUUCGUUCGCAAACAGUACACAUUUAACAACAGAAUACCGCGUUCAGCAGUGAAUUUAUCGUGCAGAGAAGCGAAUCGUGCAGUCGUGUGAAAAGACGUACUCCACACGAUGCACCGGUAAAGUGCAUUCACUUUCGGCAUUAUGCAAGGAGUGCACUAGAAUAUUCUGUGGUGCGAAUGAGUUCAAAUUUGUGUUACAAUGUGAAUGUAAAGUUCGGAGCAGUGGUAACGUACUAAAAAUUGCUAAUGUAGCAUAAGUGAACCAGUGAGUGUGCGCGGUAGUAAAUGUUUCGAUUGAGUUGAAGUUGAAACAUAGUUUAGUUGCGCGGUUAAAUCGUAAUCAUAAGCACACACACACACACACAAAAGUGUAACAGUAGUAGCAGCGGUUUUGGUGGUUUUUCGGUGACGAGCAAACAGUGCAUGUUUUGGGAAAUAGCAAUUUGUCACCCUUCUACGGCAGUAAGACGGUGCGCUGCAGCAUACAUACAUCGGCUGAUCUAAGUUCAACGACAAACAGAUCCGUCAUGUGCAGCAAAAACAAUUUCAACGUUAUAAUGGAGAAAAUCAAUACGGGUAUCCCGACGUGCCCGAUCAAUUUGGCCACGUUGCGGACGCGGCUGCCCGAUCUCGGCAGCUGGAGUCUGCCCCACAUAUGCAAGGAGGCGGUCACAAACAGCGGCGGCACCACCACGCCGGAGGGCACAUCCGGUAACUACAGCAGCAACAUCACCGCCACGGCCGACGCCUUCUAUCAGCCGACGACGGUGCCGGGGUCGCUACACACCGUCGUCCCGGCGAACGGUACGGCCGUCACCGUACAGCCGACCGCCCAGCAGCACUACCACCAGACGAACCUGCACAAACACUACAAGGCGCACAAGAAGAUGCCAGCGUUCCGGGGCCGCCGGGGCUGGUGUGGCUGCCUGCAGGAUGACGAACCACCCGAAAUCUGUGUGGUGGAAGGUGUGUUCUCGCUGCAGACGCUCACACCCACCCAGCCGAUGCCGGCGAUCGACGAGCUCGACAGCAAGUUUGCCGAGCUGGUCGAGGAGCUCGACCUGACCGCACCGAACAAGGCGGCCAUGAUGAGCCUGCCGCCCCAGAAGAAGUGGCAAAUCUACUGCUCGCGCAAAAGCCCCCUCGACAGCGGGCCCAACGGCACCCCGCUACAAACCGUACCGCCGUCGCCGGAACACUACAUCGAGCGGCUCAAGGAUAUGGCGGUGCAGCUGAAAGCCUGCGCGCCGGACGAGUCGCCAACGCACGAGUACGGGCCGAAGAUCGAAUCGCAAACCGCACUGUUCGAUGCGCUCAAGACGGCACUGCGCACCUCGGCCCACAGCUUCGUGAUACGGUUUAUCGAGCUGCAGGGGCUGCCGGCCCUGCUCGAGCUGCUGCAGGCGCUCGACAUACGGGUAGCGAACAGCCCGCUGCACACCAGCCUGAUCGGGUGCAUCAAGGCGCUCAUGAACAACUCGACCGGCCGGUCCCAUGUGCUCGCCCACCCGACCGGGAUCGAUACGAUCGCCCGGUCGCUGGCGGCGGACAACAUCAAGACGAAGAUUGCCGCGCUGGAGAUACUCGGCGCCGUCUGUCUCGUGCCGGGCGGCCACAAAAAGGUGCUGAACGCGAUGCUCAACUACCAGGAGUAUGCGGCCGAGCGGGCCCGCUUCCAGGGCAUCGUGAACGAUCUCGACCGCUCGACCGGCGCGUACCGGGACGAUGUCAACCUCAAGACGGCGAUCAUGUCGUUCAUCAACGCCGUGCUGAACUACGGCCCCGGGCAGGAGAAUCUCGAGUUUCGGCUCCAUCUGCGGUACGAGUUCCUGAUGCUCGGCAUCCAGCCCGUCAUCGACAAGCUGCGCAAGCACGAGAACGACACGCUGAACCGCCAUCUGGACUUCUUCGAGAUGGUGCGCAACGAGGACGAGAAGGAGCUGGCGCGCAAGUUUGACCACGAGCACGUGGACACCAAGAGCGCGUCGGCCAUGUUCGAUCUGAUCCGGCGCAAGCUGAGCCAUUCGCCGGCCUACCCGCAUCUGCUGUCGCUGCUGCAGCAUAUGCUGCUGCUGCCGCCGCCCACGACGGGCCCGAACGCGCAGCACUGGCUGCUGUUUGAUCGGGUGGUGCAGCAGCUCGUGCUGCAGCACGAGGAACGCCCGGCCAGCGACUGUCUCGAUCCGGACGCACCGGGCGCGGACAAGCGCUCCGAGACGGGUUCGGUGGCGUCGGCCUCGCUGAAGCUGCAGGACCCAGACGUGGCACCGCUCGCGAUCGACGUGCGCAAGGUGGUGAAGCUGCUGGUGAAGGAGGAAGAGCUGGUGGCCGCCCGCACCCGGGCCGAGGAUUUGGAGCGCGAGAACGCGGAAAUAGUGGCCCGGCUGGCGAAGAAGGAGCAGGACCUGGACCACCGGACGCAGGAAAAGGAAGACCUGGAGACGGCGCUGGCGCGCAUGCGCGAGCGGCUGGAGAAGGAAAGUGCCAACCACUCGCAGGCGGUCCAGCGUGCGCUCAAUGCGGAGAUGCGGGCCGAGGACCUGCAGCACCGGAUCGUAAGCGAGCAGCAGGAGCGGAUCCGGCUCGAGCGGCUCGUCACCGAGGGCAGCAUCCCGGACGACCAGAAGGUGGCGGGCCUGCAGGGUGCGAACUGCAACGGGCAGGCCACGUCACCGCCGCCUCCGCCGCCGCCCGCCUGCAAGCUGCCGCCGCCGCCGCCACCGCCCAUGAUGAUGCCGGCCGCACCGCCGCCACCGCCCGCUCCGGGCGGCCUGCCGAAGGUGGCGCCGGCCGGCGGGCCCCAGGCACCGGCCGCUCCGAAGGCACCCGAAGCGCCCAAGAAGAACGUACCGCAGCCGGCCAACCCGCUCAAGAGCUUCAACUGGUCCAAGCUGCCCGACAGCAAGCUGCAGGGCACGGUGUGGAGCGAGCUGGACGACACCAAGUGGUACAACAGCAUCGAGCUCGAGUCGAUCGAUAAGCUGUUCUCCGCCUACCAAAAGAACGGUGUUACGAAUGAUGGUUCGAUCGAGGAUCUUCGAUUGAUCGGGAAGAAUAAGGCUAAGAUUUUGUCGGUAAUUGAUGGACGACGGGCGCAGAACUGUACCAUCCUCCUCAGCAAGCUCAAGAUGACUGACGAGGAGAUCUCCAAGGCAAUCUUGUCGAUGGACUCCAACGAGCAGCUACCAAUCGAUAUGGUAGAGCAACUCCUGAAGUUCACUCCAUCGGCCGAGGAGCGUGCCCUGCUGGACGAGCAUUCCGAGGAUAUCGAUUCCCUUGCACGUGCGGACCGGUUUCUCUACGAAAUCUCAAAGAUACCUCACUACGAGCAGCGGUUGCGCAGCCUACACUACAAGAAGCGGUUCCAGGUGACCGUGAACGAUCUCGCCCCAAGGAUCGCCAGCGUAAUGGAGGCCUCCCGCGAGGUCGCCCGCUCCCGCAAGCUUCGCAAGCUGCUCGAGCUCGUCCUGGCGCUCGGCAACUACAUGAACCGUGGUGCCCGGGGCAAUGCGUCCGGCUUCCGGCUGGCCUCGCUGAACCGGCUAGCGGACACCAAGUCCAGUGCGGCCAAGGGUACCACGCUGCUCCACUAUCUGGUGCAGAUCAUCGAGAAGAAGUUCAAGGACAUCCUGACGCUGGAGGAGGAUCUGCCGCACGUGAAGGAAGCGUCCAAGGUGUCGCUCGGCGAGAUGGACAAGGACAUUACGAUGCUGCGGGCCGGGCUGGCCGAGGUGAACCGCGAGAUCGAGUUCCACCGUAGCAGCGGUGCGUCCCAGCCGGGCGACCGGUUCCUGCCGGUGAUGCGCGAAUUCCACGCCCAGGCCUCGGUACGGUUCGCCGAGCUGGAGGACCAGUUCCAGGACAUGAAGACGAGGUUCGAUCGUGCCGUUCGGCUCUUUGGUGAGGAUGGUUCCGUCGUGCAGCCGGAAGAGUUCUUCGGCAUCUUUGACGGCUUCCUGUCCGCGCUGAUGGAAGCGAAGCAGGACAAUGAGAACUUCCGGCGGCGCCAGGAGGAGGAGGAAAAGCGUGCCAAGCAGGAGGCCGAGCUAAAGAAGCGCACGAUCGAGCGAAAGUCCAAGGAGGGCCUGCUCAACUCGGUCGCCGGCAAGCUGGGCCUGAAGUCGAAGCACUCGAACGGCACGAACGGUGGGCCCGUCCCCGGGGCCGAUCCCAACAACAAGGGUGAGUUCGACGACCUCAUAUCGGCACUCCGGACGGGUGACGUGUUCGGGGAGGAUAUGGCCAAAUUUAAGCGCUCGCGCAAAACGCGCCUCGGACCGAACGGGACCAACAAUACGUCGCCACCGCGCAGCCGGAACAGCAUCGGGCGGGAGGACAGCCGCGAGCGUACCGGUGUAGCCAACAACCGGCGACAGUAGACAUGAUAAGAAUGACUCCCCGCCCCCUCCUUUCCCUUCCCAUUCCGGCAACAACGCAAUCCUUCCGGUAGCGGAUGGAAAAGCAACGGCCAACCGGAAUGGCCAGUAGAUAAAUCAAUCCCGUUUACCGGUACCCAACACGAAUGGUACACACACUUUAAGGAAUGUUUGUCACUUGGUUGUAUGUGGUUUUGUUGGUUCGCCAAUUAAGCAGAGGGCCAAAUUACACCGUGUACAGGG